CCACAACAAACAACACAAUCACGGAAAAGCACCAUGGGAGGGGUUUAUAGUUUGAAGGUGGGUGUGUCCCAAACUGUGUUUAAAACAGACUGUCUGUGCUCUGCUCUCACAUCAGUUGUUUUUUCCUCCUCAAGCUGAACAACACCUCCAUAUAAACCGCCACCAUGUCCAACAUUCUGGGUGCAAUUGGAAUCCUGAAGCAAACUUUUCAAAAGUAUGCUGGAGCAGAAGGAGACAAGGGUUCUCUGUCGAAGAAGGAACUUGCCACUUUGCUGAAAGCUGAGGUUCCUGGAUUAGCCGAUAAAAAGGAAGAGGUGGAUGAGUUUAUGAAGGCGCUGGAUGCAGAUGGUGACGGUUCUGUUGAUUUUAAAGAAUACGUCGUUUUUGUCGCCACCUUGGCUAUGAUUUUGGGCACUACAGAAUAAUGAACAUAAACUGUUACUAGUGUUGUGGAGGUUUGAACAGGUUAAAGUGAAUAUGAUGUGAAAUGUCAAUGUUGAUUUUUAAACAAGGAAAAUUAAACUUUUUUCACACUUAA